AUGUUGUUUCGUUUGGCAGCUAGAGGCUCAUUGAGAGUUGUUGGCAGGAGAUUUGCUUCUUAUAACUCGGUUUGUAGACCAUUAUGUGUCACAAGGUCCUUUUCCAAAACUAUUCCAACUUUGAAUUCUCAUAAUGAAAUAAUUAGAACUAAACUGCAGAGUGAACUGGAUUUAGAAAACUCUAAUCAUGAGAAAGAGCUACCUGAUGGUUUGUCUCAAUUUUUGAAAGAUAGUAAUUUCGCUAUUGUACCAUCCAAUGGUGUCAACAUAGCGGAAUUAGUUAGGAAGGGCGAUAAUGAAACGAUACAUGUUUUCUUUGAUGUGGCCCAAAUUGCCAACCUACCUUGCGACCGUAACUCUGUUGAAGAGUAUAUUGAGGGCAAAGAGGAGGAAGAAAUGCAAAAUAUCGAGGAUAACAGCUAUGCAAAUAUUAAUGUUGUUGUAGUUAAGCAAGAUCAAAGUGCCGUCUCUUUUGAGUGUUUGAUGAAUAUUGUCGAGGGCUCUUUCUAUGUUGAUAGCGUCACUCCAUAUGCUUCUGCCUCAGAUGCACUAAAGCAAUCUGCUGAUGCAGAAAUUGCAAGGGAACUUGGUUACCGUGGCCCUCCAUUUUCCAACUUAGAUGAGGACUUGCAACAAUCUUUGGAGGAGUACUUGGAAUCAAGAUAUAUUGGUGAUGAGUUAGCCACAUUUAUUACUUCUUACUCUGAAUACAAGGAGAAUGAAGAGUACAUUUCAUGGUUGGAAAAAAUGCGUAAGUUUUUUAGCUAA